AUGGUAAGAGGAUUUUCACUCCUCACUGCGCUGCUAGCGGCCAGUGCCCACGCUUGGAUGCCCGAGCACCGAGAACUCGGCGCCUUCAACAGAACAAGCAAUUAUCUUUCGAAACGCGCACACAGCCUUCCUAACUGGAAAGUCCGGGGAGUCAACUUGGGUGGAUGGCUGCUCUCAGAGCCAUGGAUGAUGAACGAGGAGUGGAAGACCAUGGGCUGUGGCAACACUUGCUCUGAAUUUGACUGUGUUUCUGCCCUCGGUCAGUCAAAGGCAGAUAAAGCAUUCAAUGAUCACUACGCUCGCUGGAUUACCCCGAGUAUGAUUCAGGAUAUGUAUAACGCGGGACUGAACACUAUCCGCAUCCCAAUUGGAUAUUGGAGCCUCAGGAGCAUUGUCGAUAGCAGCGAGAAGUUCCCCACGAUGGAUUUACAAUACCUGGAUGCCAUUGUUCAAAAGGCUGCUGAUCUAGGGAUGUUCGUUGUUAUGGACCUUCACGGCGCACCCGGAGCCCAGAAGACCUUGGAUGCCUUCACUGGCCAGUGCCUCCCAGUCUCCCACCUCCCUGGAUUUUUUACCCAGUACAACUACGACCGCGCGACCAAAUGGCUCGACUGGAUGACCCGUCGCAUCCACACCAAACCAGCCUACAAAUCCGCCAUCGGCAUCAUCGGCGUCGUCAACGAACCCCAGACGUCCCGCGACCAGGGCGGAAUGCCAAAAGAAGAACUCGACACUCUAACCCAAGUCUACUACCCCCAAGCCCUCAAAGCCGUCCGCGCCGCGGAGCAAGACCUCAACAUCCCCGAAACCGAGCGUCUCCACGUACAAUUCAUGGACUCCCUCUGGGGCGCCGGCAACCCGCAAUCGCACCUCCCACCUAGCGACACGCGCGUCGUCUACGACGACCACAACUACAUUGGCGGCGCCGUCGUGGCCAAAAACCCAAACGCCAAACAAGCAGACUACAUGUACUACACGUGCUUCGAAGACGACCGGCUUUCCGACGGCGACACGCCCAAAAUGGUGCAAGAAUGGAGUUUGACAGUUAGAAACGAGUAUUCGGCUGAGUUCGACUGGAAGUUGGCGCAAAACGAAGCGUUUUACAAGCAGUGGUUUGUAGCGCAGCAACGGCUGUAUGAGAGGACGGGUGGCUGGAUCUUCUGGUCGUGGAGGACGCAGCUGAAUGAUCCGCGGUGGGACUAUAGUUAUUUGGUCUGGAAGAAGUGGGUGCCUACGACGGCGGCAGGGCUGGAUGCGAGUGUCAAGCAGGAUGUGUGUACGAAGUACUUUGGGAACCAGGGUAUGAUUGCGAAGACGAAGGGGAUGACGUUGCGGAGAGGUGGUUCUACGAUUCCACUUUGA